AUUCGAGGCUUGUUGUUUCCGUUACUUUAUUACUUCAAACAGCAGGUGUGUGGUCUCAUGGUCUCGCUGAAUCGUCUCGUGUGUCAGAGGAUUAUGAAAUGAAAAAUGAGUCGAGACUGUCCUCAUGUCUGUGGUCUCUCAGCUUUUUUAUAAUUAGAUCAGAUUUGAAAAUAUUCUGGUAUAAAGUCAGCUCUAUGCCAUCAGAGCAGACCUUUUUUUUUCUACAUGAAACAACGUUUUUCUGUUUUGACCUCCUGGUCUGUUGGUUUCAUGCAGGAAACACUGAGAGGACAACAGAGCUGAGAGUCGUUCAGGAGCCGACAGUCUCUGAUCAGCUCCGUCCAGGAGACUUGAUGUCUCUGCAGUGUUCAGUCCUCUCUGACCCGGACAGUAAAACGUGUCCCGGAGGUCACAGCGUGUUGUGGUUCAGAGCCGGAUCACAUGAAUCUCGUCCAGACAUCAUCUACACUGCUGGAAACAGACGUGAUGGAUGUGAGGAGAGAUCUGCCUCUCAGAAAAGCUGUGUUCAUCACUUCUCUAAGAACAUCAGCUCCUCUGAUGCUGGGACUUACUACUGUGCUGUGGACACAUGUGGACGCCUUUUAUUUGGAGAUGGGACCAAAGUGGACGUUGAAGAUAACAGUAUCAGGAAGUUUUCACUGAAGGAAACCACAGUUACUUUUCUGCUCUGUGCUGCCUUGGCCCUCACGCUCAUCGUUAUAGCCUUCCUUAUUCAUGCCAUCAAGACAAACAACAACGCAUCUGAUGCUUUGGGAGAAAACUGUGAUGUUUGGAGAAGACAGAUGUUGGAGAGUUUAAAGAGAGAUCAGGUUUAUUCUGCCGUCGUCUUUACCGUGAUGAAAUCAAAGAAAGGAGCAAAAGCAGCGGAGAAAGAGAGGAUCUACGCCGCUGUGAAGGCUUUUGAGAUGGAUCAGUGAUUCAAUAGGGUCUGCUUUUUAGCACUUAGUUCUGCAUGGUCUACAUAACAGUCGUCUUAAGAUUCAAAGGGUGUAAUGGCCUGUUUGAUUGUUCUCAACAUUUUAUAAAGCAUUCUGAUUCACAAUGUGCAACAUUUUAAAGACACACUUCUUCCUAAAAGUAGACAGCAGAGUAUUUUCUGUGGUAGAUCCAAAUAGAUGAAUGUACUCUUAAUUAGGGGUUGCACCUUCUUAUUUGUUCUCUACUCCCACACGUCCUGUGCUGGGUUGCAGGAGGUCGAGAGACGCUGUUUAGAUUGUUUUUUACAGUGUUUUUACUUGUUUGUCUUCAGUGUACAUUACAUAGACUGUAAAUGUUACUUCACAAAGCACGGAGGGAUGUCACCCGUCUGUUCCUGCAGGGGGCGCUGGAGUCCCAUCGAUGGCGGUCUCCAUGCUGGAAAUGCUGUCUCAGUCU